AUGUCGGUAACAACAUAUCACUGUCUCUGCACAGAGCUCGUCCUAGGAACCACAGUUCCUCUCGAGGACCUCCCAAAACGCCAAUCUGACGCGUCGAUCAUCUGCAAAAUCACAGCCGCCGAGUCACUUUCGCAAGGCGGAUCAGUCUUCACGAGCGCUGUCGAUACUGAUGACAAAGCGGUAGUGUUGAAGCUGGAUGAUGGCUUCGAGAAGAGGUAUGCGGUGAGGUGCUCGAGGUGUGGGUUGAUGCUUGGGUAUCAGCUUGAUCGCAGCCAAUUUGAGGAGUCGAAGGAGAAACUUGGCAGACGGGAGGAUGUGGUCUAUGUUCUACCAGGUGGACUCCAGACCACUGAUGAGAUGGAGGGUGGGAAGUCGAUGGAGGGACGGGUUGAGGUAAAGAUUGGAAGUGGUGCUUGA